GCUGAUACCAUACAAUGAACUUUAUCUUUGUUGGAACUAAGUUUUAAAGUUACUUUCUUGUAGGAAUCUCAAAGCAUUUUAUUUACAUUUUGUUGCGUGGCAUACCUUUAUUGAGAAUAUCGCAUGCAAAACACAGACUUCUUUGUUUUGCCUUUAAUUCAGUGCCCACUGACUCCCCCAUCACCUCCACAAACAAUGACACACACCUCACGCAGAUCUUGUUUGUUAAUUUGUAUGUUUGUUUUCAAUUAAACUACUUCCUUCAAAACUCAUUUUUCUUGCUAGACUCGGCUGGCUCGCCCACGCCUUAGGUAUGUUCACGUCUGUAACAGCAUCAUUCCGAGGAGGAGCGACAGGACAGAAAAGACACACGAAGUUGCUGCUGAGAUAAAUAGGUGGAUGAAUAGAACUUUAACAAAAUCUGGAAAGACAGAGAGAAGAAAACGAGAGACUUUGCUGAGCCUUAAAGUUCAGUGGACGCUUAUUAGGGGACGCUUUCAGUACCAUGGACAGCAGUAAAGUGUUGUUAUUAUUCACCGUUACUUGCUCAGCCUUAGUGUCCGGAGUCCAUGCAGACGAUGUUUACGACGUGGAAACAAGGGGCAUCGGAGAUUUGUAUUACAAGAACUCCAGUCCUUCCAGUGAGAAGCAACUUCUAAGUGCUCUUCAAGAAGUGCUAGAGAAACUUCAAAGCAAAAGAGUUCCAGCCUGGGAGAAGAAGGUCGGACAGGUUCCUACGUGUGACAUCGGUGAGCAAUGUGCGGUGAGAAAGGGUGCAAGAAUUGGUAAACUCUGUGAUUGUCCCCGUGCUUCCAUCUGUAACUUCUUCCUCCUGAAAUGCCUGUAACAGGGACAUCCAGACGAUAAACUCAAGUCAGUGUCAUCGGUUUUAGAAAUCAAGAUGAACAAGCAACCAAAACCAGUUGAUACAUAUUACCAUCUGAAUGACCAUUCGGUUAUUUUGAUGGUCUCUAUAAUUUCUUAAGAAAACAUUAUAUUGGGUUUUUGUAUUUUUUUUUGUAUGUGUGUUAGCUGAUAAAUAUGUAUGCAUAUAUAUUAUAUGUUAUAUAUUAUAUAUUAAAAAUGUUUUGUGUUUUGUAAAGCAGUCUGUGUGGGCUUUCACUGUUGGCUUAUCACAUGUCUAUAUGGAUCCAACACGAUUGCUGUUAAAUCAUGUGAACACAGAGGUAAGACACAGGGCCACUGUCUUAGUUUAUUUGAAUGGGUGACUUCUGAUUUGGAAGCAUCUUAAAACACCAAGUAAAUUAGACUUUUUAAAAUCACUGGGACAGAAAUAUGAAUGUUUUCUGUGGAAAUUACCACAAUGAAAAUUGUAUUUUUGUACACUUAAUUAUUUAAUAUCUGCGUAUGCUAUUAAGGCAUUUGUGCAUAAGCAUCUGUCUUCACAUUCCUCCAAACAGUUGAAAAAAGGAAUAGGUUGAAAAAACAGUCUACUGGCCCAUUUGAAAUAAAUAAUAAAUAAAUAAAAUACAACAAAUAA